AGAGAAAUGUUAGAUAAAAACAUACUCUAAUUUUUUUUUUUUACAAAUGUAGCCGUAAAAAUGUACAAGAUUACAUCCAAUUGGAACCCGCCUCUAGUUUACGUCAUUCGAGUGGGCGUGGCUCUCGGUUUUUCGUCUUCCGGUGAGUGAGGUGAUUUAAAGCGCACAUUCUUAUUGUAAUAUGCUGCGGUCUGUUAUAUUUGUUAUGAUUGUAAACACAUCGCUUCUCAGCGUAAAAAGUUUAAUUUCAGCAUGUGAUCGCGUGAAGGUAAACAUAUUAAUCUUAGACGAGACACUGAAUAGUGACUGAGAUACCUCAAAAAACAGACUAGCCCUGUGACGCACCAGCGUGACCUUGCGUAUUACGUAAUCAAGUGGAAGGGUCACGCAUGACGUAUGUGAAACCAGUGCUCCAGUGACCGCUUCCUUUUGCAUUCAGCCGACCAGAAUGAGUCUACAAUCCAAACACACAGGAAUAUCUCAAGAUAAAACAGGUAGUUAUUAAGACCAUGAAUGAUCCAGAAGCCUUCAGAAUGAUGCAUGAAGAUACUGAGGAACAAAGAGACCUGAUGUGGAUGAACGGCGAUGAUGAAGAACUGGAGAAACCUCAGAAUUUCUUACAGAUCAAAGAGGCAGAGGAUGAUUUCAGCUGUUUUCAGUAUGAACAGAGUUCGGCAUGUCUUCAGAGAUACAUAACGGUUCACAUCGGAGAGAAAACAAACACGUGUGAUCAGUGUGGGAGGAGUUUCACAUCUAAAAGUCAUCUUAAUAGACACUUAAUAAUUCAUACCGGAGAGAAACCGCACACAUGCCAUCAGUGUGGACAGAGUUUCACGCGUUUAGAAACCCUCAACAGGCAUUUAGAGAUCCACAGCGGACAGAAACCGUACACGUGCCUCCAAUGUGGAAAGUGUUUCACACGUACAGGAAACCUGAAGAGACAUCUAGAGAUCCACGCUGAGACGACUUUAGAGAAGACUUUGUACACGUGUCAUCAAUGUGAAAAAUCAUUUACACGUCUCCAUAACCUAAAGAGGCAUUUAAGAGUCCACAGUGGUCAAAAACCCCACACGUGUCACCAAUGUGGAAAGAAGGUAAUGGAUAAAGAAAAGCUGAAGGUUCACAUGAGGAUCCACACUGGAGAAAAACCCUUCAUGUGUUCCCACUGUGGAAAAAGCUUCAUGUAUGCGAUCAGUCUCAAAAAUCAUCUUCUCACUCACUCGGACGUCAAACCGUUUCACUGCGAUGUCUGCGGUAAACGAUUCGUUUCAGCAUCAGGGCUAAAGCGACACCUGCAGGUUCACGCCAACGAGAAACCUCACGCGUGUCCGGUGUGCGGGAAGUGUUUCGCUCGGCUCGACUGUUUACAGAAGCACCAGGACAUACACGCCGGGGUGAGAGCUCACGUGUGCUUUCACUGUGGGAAGGCUUUUACUACGGUAAGCCAACUGAAAGAACAUCAGAGGAUUCAUACUGGAGAAAAACCGUACAAGUGUUUGCAGUGUGACAUGAGGUUCACUAAACCAUCCACCCUGAGUACACAUAAGAAAGUACACACCGGAGACAAACCGUAUCACUGCUCUUCAUGUGGGAGGGGUUUCAAACAAUCAGCGCAACUACUGGAGCACGUGAAAAAACGCCACAGUUGACCAUCUUCAAAAUGUCUUGUUUUGGUUGAAAAAAUAUGGUCCUUUAAUAUCAUUUAUUAAUGUGUAAUUGUAGAGUAGGGCUGGGCGGUAUAUCAGUAUUUUUUCCCAUCGGGAUACGGGAUGAGACAUAGCGUCUAUUUCGGUAUGUUCUGAUUUGUAUGCCAAAUUCGGUAUGUCGGAAAUGUACACCAAGGACUGAUGUAAGCUUUCCAAAAUCUUUGUGCAGUUGAAUAUUUUUAAACAGCAGCUGGGUUUCCAUCACCUUGAAUUUAAGGGCAUUUUAAAGUAUCGCAUAAGAAACGAGUCGCCAAAUUUAGAUUUAAAGUCCCUUAAUUGACAAAAAAGUUUUUUAUGUUUGCUUGAGAUGAUUUUUGACUCAUACAAAAAAAGAGUAAAUGUGAAUAAUAAAGAUGGAAACACAUGCCGAAUAAAUACUGAUGUAGCGAACAUUACCAAAUAUGGGUUUUGACAACAUCGCAAUACCCUCGCUGCUAGUGCCUGCAUCAAAAAUGUGACUUUUUUGGUAUGUGCACUGCAUUCAGUUUGGCAAUUACAAGCUGUGCUGCUAGUCAAUUUAUAACUUGCCCAAUCAUAACUAAAUUUCUGUCUCAAUUUUCUAAGCGUGCCUUCUUUUAUUGACUGUUGGUUACAAGUUACCAGUACACCGUCAUUCGCUCAAACAAUUUAAUGGAAACGCACCUAAUUACGUUUUUCGCAGAUUUUAAUUUAAGAAACCCAGCUAGUGAGGAAAACCCUUCGAAAUUUUAUUUUCAUCAUACGCUGUUUCAGUAAAUGUGUUUAACUUGCAUGAAAACAUUUAUUCAACUUUCUAGAAUUUACCAGGAUAUUUAUCAUAUACUGUAACUCGUCCCAAAACUUUUUAUAAACCUCAUUAAAGCCACAAUAUGUAAAACACUUGUACAAUGUAAUAAAAUUAAUGUAGUUGUGUACAUUAUUCCCAAAGUUUCCAAGGAUUUGUAAAUCCAGAGAAAUUCCUGUUUUAAAGGUGCUUGUGGGACUUUUAGCAUCAUCUAGCGGUGAGAUGUGAAUUGCAACCAAUGGGUCAGUCCACAGCUCACCCCUCCUUUUCGAAACACAUAGAAAAGCUACGGUAGCCGCCACAGGACAAACACGUCAUUGUCUGAAAUAACGUAGUGAUGAAACACAAACAGUUUGUCCGUUUAGGGCUACUGUAGAAACAUGACGCUACUUCCAUGUAAGGAGACGAAACUGAUCAUUCUAAGGUAAUAAAAACAAUUCAGUUCAUUACGUAAGGUCUUUAUACACCACUGAUAAUAUAGGUAUGUAGAUAAUAUUGCAUUUCUGUCAAGAGAUUCUCCUAAAAGUUACACACUGCACCUUUAAAUAAUCGCCCACCCUUCUCGCUUGUAAUCGUCAGCCUUUUAGUGACUUAACAUCUGUGCUAUUGCAGUUAAUUCAUUAUGAUGGCAUAAAAUAAUGAGAUCAAAUGUACAGGGAAAAACAUUAAUUCAUUACCUCAUCCAUAAACAUAAUAAGUGAAUUUAAUACAUAUCUGAACGGUGAAAACAUCAUCAUAACGCCAAGCUUUACCUUUGUUAUUGUUUUGAAAGUGCGACCUCUAGUGGUGUAAAUCCUACAUAUUGUGGCUUUAAUCUAUGAAUAAGCUUGUCUUUGUUUUUGGAAUAAAACAUUUGACUCAUUUACCAGAUGUGUUAGAUCUGUAAAUUAUAUGGAGUAUUUAAAGGCAUAGUUCACCUAAAAAUAAAUAAUAAAUGAUGUCAUGUUUUAC